AAAAAAGAAACAGACUCUGCAGCGCAUCAACACCCGUUCAUCAAAUAAAAGUCAACUAGACUUUGAUCACUAUGGGGGUGAAAGACCGCCCUCAGUGCUACUUUGAUGUGGAGCUCAACCGGGAGCCAGUUGGACGUAUAGUCUUCCAACUUUUUUCCGAUGUCUGUCCCAAGACAAGCAAGAACUUUCUCUCUUUGUGCACUGGUGAAAAGGGAACGGGCAAAAUCACAGGGAAAAAGCUGUGCUACAAAGGCUCCACAUUUCACAGAGUUGUAAAGAACUUUAUGGUCCAGGGUGGCGACUUCACUGAAGGAAAUGGAAGGGGAGGAGAGUCCAUAUAUGGUGGCUACUUUGAAGACGAGAACUUCACUCUCAAACACGACAGACCCUUCCUGUUGUCGAUGGCCAACCGAGGGAAGGACACCAACGGUUCACAGUUUUUCAUCACAACAAAGAUGGCGCCUCAUCUUGAUGGAGUCCACGUCGUCUUCGGGGUUGUCAUCUCGGGCUUUGAGGUGAUUAAGAAGAUCGAGGGGCUGAAGGCUGACUCGGCCAGCAGACCCUACGCAGACGUGAGAGUGAUGGACUGCGGGCAACUUUUCACAAAGUCUGCUAAUGAUGUACUUGAAGGCAAGAGGAAACGACUCUCCUAUUCUGCUGAGUCAUCCCAAAAUUCCCUCGACUCCACCUCUGCGCUCUCGUCUUCAGAGGAAUCUGAGAGUGAAUCAGAUGAGAAUCAAGUUAAGAACAAGAAACAUGGAAGUAAACGGCCCAAAAAGAAAAGGAGGGAAUCAACAAAGAGGAAGAAAACUGUUGAUCUGCACUCAGCACAAAGCCCUGUGGAUGAAGCGACGCUGGAUGGAGAGAAUGAAGUGGACGGAGAGAAGGAGCCGAGUGGAAAGAGAGAGAAGCCCAUCGUCCGACCGGAGGAAAUCCCCCCGGUGCCAGAGAAUCGCUUCCUGCUGCGACGGGACAUGCCAUCUCAGGAAGAUAAAACACAGAUAGUUGAGAAAGAAGAAACUCCUCUUUCAGCCGACCAGAAACCGGCCGUUUCCAAGUCUGGACGGAAGAUCAAAGGCAGAGGCACAAUGAGAUAUCACACCCCCACGAGGUCAAAGUCGCGCUCUGUGUCUGUGGAGGAGCGUGGAAGCAGUGAAACUCCGCCACACUGGAAAGAAGAGAUGAAGAGAACAAAAGUUUAUCAGCCGCCGAGCGUUGAAAGAUGGAGCAAAGGAGACAAAUGGGACGACAGAAGCGACUCUGCGUGGUCCCGCUCAGCAGAACAGUCCUUAGCAGGCAGCUCGGAGAGGUCCAGCCUGCAACAUAAACAGAAGAAAGAGAAAAAGAAAUCCAAACACAAGAAGAAGGCCAAAAAACGGAAACAGGGCAAGAAGAAAAGCUCCAAGAACAAACCUCAGGAGAAGCACCUGUCAGAGGGAGAGAGGUCUGCGUCCUCCGAGAGAAAGUCCAGAAGAUCCCGCUCUCCGUCCCGCUCCUCCUCCAAUCAGCAUCAUUCAUCACCAAGGAGACCAAGGCGGUCUUCACGGUCUUUCAGGGACUCACCAUCCUACUCCAGAUCCUACACAUCCAGUCGGUCCAGAUCUAGAGGGAGAUCCAGGUCUUAUUCAAGAUCCAGAAGCCUUUCUAGAUCUAGAAGCAAGAGUCUUUCUAGAUCCAGAUGUCGGUCUUACUCUCGGUCACGAUCGAGAUCUAGAUCUAGAUCCAGGUACAGAUCAAGAUCUUCAUCCAGGAAGAGGAGCUCAUCCAGACCGCCAAGAAAGAGGAAAGCCAGCAAGCCCAAAGCUGACGCCUUGAUCCACGUUCCUGAGAAGCUCUCAGAUGGCAAAGUCCUGACUGCCCCCAGACUCCCGCCCGCCCCGGCUCCUGAAAGCGUCCCUGUGAUCCCUCUGAGUGACAGUCCUCCGCCUUCACGCUGGAAACCGGGUCAAAAGCCUUGGAAGCCCUCAUACAUCCAUAUCCAGGACAUUAAAGCUAAAGUAGCUCCAAGUAGCCUUUCCUUAGCUGGACAGAUAGCUGACAGCAUCACAGAGAAAACUCAGACACCCAAGUGUCUGCCAGCUGAGUCUGAAAGUGACAAAGCACGCAAACCUGCACUGCGCUCAAAAAGCAGAUCCUCCAGGAGCAAGUCCUACAGCUGCUCACGGAGCAGAAGUUACAGCAGGUCCAGAUCCAGGUCAAGGUCUUCAUCCUACAGCAGAUCAGUCGAAAACUCCCAGAAAUCCCAUAGCAGCAAGAAGAAUCUGCUGAGUAAGGAAUGGAAAGAUUAUUACAGCACCCUGAGGAAGAUAAAAAACUUAGACAAGUACAUUUCACUCGCAAGUAGUAAAGAGGCGCCGUCCGUAUCAGAGAAGGAGGCAGGAUGUGAGCAGGACCCUGAUAUCAGGAGAACUGGCUCUCUGGAGAAAACAAAAGAGAAAGGCAGCUCUCAGGAUGGAGAGAUGAGACAUUACAGCUCAGUGCCAGCAGAGAGCUUUAAUAGCAGGUCUGAAUGGGACAGUGACAGUGAUAAAGUGAGCCAAAGCAACAGCGCCGCCCUGUCUAAAAAACAGAAACAGGCAGCUCAGUCCAGUGACGGUUUUGACAAAAAGUUGUCUGCUCUUACUGGAUGGAACUCGGAAAGCGAUUCUGAAAAUAUACCCGCAAGAACGUUGGCAAUAUCUGAAAGAGAGGAAGGCGAGGCAAGUUCAGAAUCUGAAGACGAGACCUCCAAGAAGACGUCACAGGCAGCGCCUGCUGCCGUCAAAUCAAAGCAAAGUCCUGAGAAGGAGCCGGAGAGACACAAGAGCAAGAAGAAAGCCAAACGUAAACACAAGCACAAGAGAAGAAGUGAAAACAAAAGCAGAUCCCAUCACAGUAAAGCCAAAGGGAAGAGAUCUAAAAGGAAACAUCAGAAGCUCAAAGAGACUUUUCACUGGCAGCCGCCGUUAGAGUUCGGAGAGGAGGAAGAAGACGAUGAGUCGAAACGAGAGAAACGCAGUCCUGGAAGAGUCGCUAAAGACAGACCUGGUGCAGACAGUAUGACUAAAAAGCAAAAUGUAACCUCUGUGAACAAGAAUCCUACCAGAGAAGAAGAAAGUACCAACAAAAACCUGAAACACGCUGAAGCUCAUCUUCACUCAUCCAACAGGAACGGUGCCAAUGUAGCCAACGUCAAAGAGCAGGAGUCUUUAGUGGAUAUGGACAUUUGUACCCCAGAGCAUGAGGUUGAUAUUGAAGAACCUCCAGUCACACAGGAUCAUCAUAAUGAUGCCUCAAAAUCUACCUCAAAGUCUGUAGAUCUGCUUUUACCUCGUAGCAAAGAGGAGCCUUCUGUAAACUUCUCAGCGUUUGGACUCCAAGAAGAAGGAUCCUCAGAUAAACCUGGAAUAAACUUCAAGUGGAAGCCUUUGAAAGGAACGUCAGCUUUUCAGAACAUGAACCUGCAACCCGUCACCGCAAGAAACGCCCAACUUCAAGAGACUGCCAAAGCAGAGGGAGUGAGAAUGGAGAUAAAGAGCAAAAGCCGUGUCAGACCCGGAUCUCUGUUUGAUGAGGUCCGGAAAACUGCACGGCUCAAUCAGCGACCGAGGAACCAGGAGAGCUCCAGCGAGGAGGGAUCUCUCUCUGACGGAAAGACGAGGGGGGCGUCACACACCAGAUCCCCACCGAAGAAGAAAUCUAGGUCCGCGUCCAGGAAGUCUCGCUCGGUCUCCAGCCACAGGUCCCGCUCCAGAGGCAGGUCCCGCUCCUACAGCCGGUCCAGUAGUCGAUCCCACAGCUCCAGCUAUUCCUCCAGGAGCCGCAGCAGAAGUCGGAGGAGACGCAGGAGAGGACGGUCGCACUCUCGCAGCAGCACAUAUCAAAGUUACAGGAGUCACAGUCGGACGCACAGUAGGAGUCAUUCCAGAAGUCGCUCUUAUACCCGCCGUCGGAGAUCUAGGUCAGACUCCUACGACAGCUAUUCCAGCCGGAGUCGAAGUGUGAGCAGGAGACGAGGCCACAGACGAAGUGACAGCUACAGGAGCUCGGACCGGCGCUCCCGGUCGUAUCACUCCUCCAGUCGCAGUUCUUCAAGGCGCAGAAGUCACAGUCGCAGCAGUCGUUACAGCUGAGCGUCAGGCGGAGAGGGAAGAAAACCACAAAGUCUGGACACUGAGAAAAACACAAAACUAAAUACUGCUUUUAUAAUCCAUGAGCAGCUAAAAUGUACAGUAUAUGGGAAAAGUCACUUCAAAUCUUGAAAUGUGUUCCUGGGCUUUUAUCCUGGCUAAAUGAGCUGAUGUGAGAAAGUCCAUUUUAGAGAAUGUAAAGUCAACCUUACAAGCCAACAGGAAGGCGACUCAAAAGUCCUGGAUGUAUAAAAAAACAAGGUCUUUGUGAUAUAUAUGCUGUAUAUAUUUUAUAUCUGUGUAAUGCUUUUCUAUUUUUAUUUUAUACACUGAAACGUACGAGAACGCAUACUGUAAGUGUCCAAUCUUUUCACAGGUGGGAGGGUAUUUUUGAUUUAGCCUUAAAGUCAGGAUCAGCAAGCAGGGUUGUUCAGUAGAAAAAGAAAACUAUGCUGCAGUGGAAGCUGUAGUAGUCUUUGUUGUCUUCGUUUAAAACUGUACCAUGAAUGUUUAAGCUGUACUCAAAGUAUAGUGUGUAUCAUUUUGAUUCAAACAGUUAUGAAUGUACAUUGAAUAAAUACCACCACUUGUGAAGCUUUUGGUUAUUCUUUU